ACGGAAAUGACUUGCAUGGAAUGGGAGUUUACAGCUUCCGUUGUCUGAGGGCGUUUUUUCAAGUUUAGCACCAGAUAUUUUUUGGGGUGGUGGCUGCUUGUUUUACAAGUUUAGAAUUCCACCAAGUUAUUGUUGAGGACACUGAUUUGAAGGAAUUAUACUAAUUUCCAAACUAUCGUAACUUGGGCCCUCUAAUCGAGGCUUCAAACCUUGUUUUUCCCGGUUGGGGCAACUAACGAGCGGUUUCCCAGCUAACCGAUAAGCUCAAAUUUUAGCUAGCUAGCUAGCUAGCUGAGAGAGGCGUCAGAUGCAGGCCAUCAAGUGUGUUGUAGUGGGGGACGGAGCUGUGGGUAAAACAUGCCUGCUCAUCAGCUACACCACCAACGCGUUCCCCGGGGAAUACAUCCCCACAGUCUUUGACAACUACUCUGCCAAUGUGAUGGUAGAUGGGAAACCAGUGAAUCUGGGUCUAUGGGAUACAGCAGGACAGGAAGACUACGACAGACUCAGACCACUGUCCUAUCCACAGACGGAUGUGUUUUUGAUCUGUUUCUCUCUCGUGAGUCCUGCCUCCUUUGAAAACGUCCGUGCCAAGUGGUACCCAGAGGUGAGACACCACUGCCCCAACACCCCAAUCAUCCUGGUGGGCACCAAGCUGGAUCUGAGAGAUGACAAGGACACCAUCGAGAAGCUGAAGGAGAAGAAACUCACCCCCAUUACCUACCCCCAGGGUCUGGCCAUGGCAAAAGAGAUUGGAGCAGUAAAGUACCUGGAAUGCUCAGCCUUGACACAGCGUGGCCUUAAGACAGUGUUUGACGAAGCCAUCCGGGCGGUCUUGUGUCCCCCGCCCGUCAAGAAGAGGAAGAGAAAGUGUUCACUACUCUAAACGCCGCAGACAGGAAGUAGGAAGUCACACUGCAGUCUGAGCUCACCUAUUGGUUGGGGGGAGGAAGAAGAGGGUGGGGGAGUGUCUUAAGAGGGAAGAUUCUACAGAUGUCAUUUUUUUUUUCUCUCGGAUUGUAAUUAGUACAUAGUACUUAAAUAUGAUUUUUAUUAUACAAAUCCUAGAAUUAGAGCUUUGUGAAAUUCCUGCUGCCUUCUAAAAAUAAUAACUUUUUUUUUUAUGUUCUUGGAAGAUACUAAUUGCUCUUUUCAAUUUGUCUCUUUCCACUCUUCUUGAGUCCAUAUUGUUUGUUUACAGACUUCAAUUGUGUAGAAUUGAGGUGUUGCCAAAAUUCCUACCGCAUAUAACGGUCAUCACUUUCUCGUAGCUCCAUGUACACUAAAUGUAAUGAUUGCUUCUUGUUUUUUUCUUUUGUACCAUAUCGACCAUAAUUAGCAAAAUCUUAAAAUAUCCUUUAAAUGGUUCAAGAGAAAUUGAAGUAAACUCAUAAAAAACAAAAAAAAGUGUUGUAGUGUCUUCUAUGUUCUAUAAUCAUACUCUAUGUAGAUCAAGUAAAUUUAGAUCAAUUGUUUCUCGUCAGGUAGAUUUUAUCUAUCCAUCAAAUACAUCGUCAAGAUAACUGUCAAUAAUGGAUAAUAGCGAUCACUUUAUACUUAGGUGGAUUAAAUGCUUAUUAGAUCUAAAUAUCAACUUACAGUGCUUGCCCCUUGAUCUGAUAAAAUAGUAUUUUACAUUCUACAGGUGUCUAUAACAGAUGCACCUGAACAGGUGAAUAGGAGAACCUGUUAGAAAGUGGAUGGAGAAUGGUUCUUUAUCAGACCAAUUUAGAUGGAUCCCUCUUGUUGGAUUAAACAACGGUUUCACAAACUGUGUUUUCUGUACAUAAACACAAAAUACAUCCAUUGUACGAGUAUUGUCAGUAAUGGAACUGUACUGUGUAGUCUGCCAGAUUUACACUCCAAACACCUGCGUGUGUCAACCUUUUUGUUAUAGGCCUUCUUUGUUAAGGUAGAAUUCAACCUCAUUCCCUUUAAGAACGUAUUCUGUCAGCAGAUGCCAUCUAUCCAGUCCUUUACAGAAGGUAUAGUUCUUGUGUGUUGAAUCUGGACUUUGUUUGCUACUCGAAACAACAUAGUUGUGAACUCAUUUUAACAUUAAGCUUUAUCAUCACUAACAUCAUGAUGCUAUGUAAACAUUACUGUGUUGUUUUGUCAUCAGAGCUGCCUAUUACUAGUCUGGGUACCAGUCUUUCUAGCUAACAUUCCACUCCUUGCCACUCCUUUCAUUUGGCCAGUGGCAGGAAUGUAAUAGCUGAACAGGGACUACAUCCAGGCUAACCUAUUACUGUAUCACUAAAAACUGAGCAAUUUAAAAUAAUUCAGAAGUUGUAACUGACCAUGUUGUCUUUGUCUUAUUGUAGCUUCUAAUUGCUGUAUUUAAAAUAUACAGUAGUUCACCUACCAGUGAAUUUUCAAAGUACUAAUACUAAUUUGAACUGAGUGAGGCUGUUCUGAGCUAUUACCAGUGUUAACAGCACAAUGAAAGAAAUUAUACCUGAUUUUUCUUUGGCUAAAUGUGGUUUUAUUUUGACAAUAGUAGUUUAAUCUGCUGAUUUAUUUUUAUUUUUAAAGCCAAUAAAUUCAUUUAAUCUCU